GGGCUUGACAAAAUGGCCCACAAAUAACAUUCCAAAAUGAUCCAAACAGUUUCCCCAUUAGUCCACAGGUAUUUGACAGUAGCAGGAAAAGCGCAUGCUGUCUACUGCCUACUAGUACUAUACCAUAAACCCCUCUCCUUCUUCAAAAGGUUUUUCCAUUGAAGCAUUUUAAGUAAAAAUGGUGAAUCUCAGGUGCUUUUUGGACAUUAGUAUUGGUGGUGAACUUGAAGGAAGAAUGGUGAUUGAGCUUUACAAAGAUGUUGUACCUAAAACUGCUGAAAAUUUCAGGGCUCUUUGUACUGGUGAGAAAGGCAUUGGCCCGAACACCGGUGUUCCGCUCCAUUUCAAGGGUUCUUGUUUUCAUAAUGUUGUCAGAGGCUUUAUGUUGCAAGGUGGGGAUAUUUCUGCUGGAAAUGGCACUGGCGGUGAAUCAAUUUAUGGCUUGACAUUUGACGAUGAAAAUUUUAAACUCAAACAUGAAAGAAAAGGGAUGGUUUCUAUGGCUAAUUCUGGUCCAAACACAAACGGGUCUCAAUUUUUUGUCACUGUUUCUCAAGCACAUAUUCUAGAUGGAAAGAAUGUUGUAUUUGGACGAGUAAUCAAGGGUUUGGGGUUGAUUCGUGUAAUUGAACAUGUUAAAACUAGUGAAAAUGGUUUUCCUGAUCUUCCUGUGAUAAUAGAGGACUGUGGAGAAAUUCCAGAGGGGGCAGAUGAUGGGACAAUUAACUUCUUUAAAGAUGGUGACACUUACCCUGAUUGGCCAAUAGAUCUGGACGUGAAACCAGAUGAAGUUGCUUGGUGGACAAAUGCUGUUGACCGUAUCAAAGCCUUUGGCAAUGAACAUUACAAGAAGGAAGACUAUAAGAUGGCUAUCAAAAAGUACCGGAAGGCUGUUCGUUAUACUGACUUAUGCUGGGAUAAGGAAGACAUUGAUGAAGUAAAAAGCGAGUAUUUGAGGAAGACAAAGUCCCAGAUACUUGCAAAUAGUUCUGCCUGUAAACUGAAGUUAGGAGAUCUAACUGGAGCAUUGUUGGAUGCUAAUGAAGCAAUUUAUGAAGGAGAAGACAACGUCAAAGCUUUUUACCGUCAAGGCCAGGCAUAUAUGGCAAUGAACGCUAUAGAUGCAGCAGCUGAAAGUUUUAAGAAGGCCUUGCAGUUAGAGCCAAACAAUGGGGGGAUAAAGAAGGAGUUGGCUGUUGCAACGAAGAAGAUUGCUUAUAAACUAGAGCAGGAGAAGAAGGGUUAUGCUAAAAUGUUUCAGUAAAAUUUCCAUUGCUCAAAUGCAGGCUGCUAGUAAUACUUGUUAGUUGAAUCUUUUGGAACAGUUCACAAUAGACGUAUAGUGGUGCAGUUUAACUUCCGGGCCUCAAAAACAGCUAGAAUCAGGAUUUGUUUCUCGGAGUACAAAAACUAAGGGUUUAUUCUCAACUCCCUACAGAGUGGAAGACUAACUGCGCUGAAUCGAAGUUUGAGCUGAUUUCGGGAAUUCUUCUGUUGAAUACAAAAUAUAUAGCACUUAAUAUACCUCAACGUAUUUUGUACAGAAAGGAAAGGGGAUUUAGUGCAGGAAAAAAGUAUCUUUCCAUUUAAUACAGUGAUAUGGAUGUUUGGCUGCCCUUAACUUGAAUAUUUUGAACCUCUUGAUGUGCAAUAUAUCUAGUACAAAGAGUUUCCUGGAUUCA